UCUAGCUGGCGCUGAUAAAAAGUACCGAUUUCUCAGGGCCAUGAAGGAUGCGGGCGGAUUGUGCAAAUGGGCAAAGACACCAAGGAGGCCAAGGUCAAAGUAGGAGAUCUCGUGGCCCUAUAUGCAGUUCCGGGAUGUGGAGCAGGCGACUGCCCCGAGUGCUCGCGUGACCUGCCCCAGAUAUGUGAGGUGGGACAUCACUCGGGUGUCGGCCAGGAUGGCUUCUAUGCACCCUACGCCCACGUCGACAUCCGAGGGGUUGUGCCUGUUCCUGACGGAGUGUCGCCCGCGCAGGCCGCCGUGGCCACCGACGCCAUCAACACGGCCUUCCACGCCAUCACGCGCCGGGCAGAGGUCCAGCCGCACGAGACCGUCUUCCUCUUCGGCCUCGGCGGGCUGGGCUUCAACGCGCUGCAGGUCGUGCGGCACAUUGGCGCCCGCGUCCUCGUCAAGGACGUCAAGCAGUCGCGGGUCGACGACGCGCGAGACAUUGGCGUGCCGCCCGAGGAUAUCGCGCCGCUCGACGUGACCGUGGAUGAGUUUGUUGCGAGACGUGGGCUGCACGUCGACACGGUUUUGGAUUUCGUCGGGGCUCACGACACCUUUGAUGCGGCGCAGAGGAUAGUGCGCAGGGGUGGCAAGAUUCUCUGCGUCGGCAGCUUGGAUACGGAGAAUACGGUCAGUAUGAAGAUUGGCACGAGAAAAAGGUUGUCCUUCAUCUUCUCGUACGCUGGGCAGGUCCAGGACCUGGAAAAGGUCUUGGAUUUGGUGGCCAGGGGAGUGAUUCGGCCGCAGGUGCAAGAGAAGCGUUUGAAGGACUUUCCAGACGUCGUGAGGGAUCUCGAAGCGGGCAAGAUUGAUGGCAGAGUAGCCCUGAUGCAGGACGAGUAAGGAGAACAAAGGUCUGGCAGAUUCUAUUAACACGUACGUAUGUGAACCUUUUCAACCAUUGACGCUCGCUCCUUUGGGCAGCGUUAUAGAAGUCGCAGCGGUGGUCCCUGCGUCCACAGGCAAAAUGGCACCCGUGAUCCAUCUGGAAUGAUCCGAAGCAAGAAACACGACUGCGCAUGCUGCAUCCCAACCGCUACCCUCAGUACCCAGCAGACUCCUGCCCUUGCGGGCCUCUCUGACCUCCUCAC